AUGCGAAGAGUCGUCGUUACUGGCUUGGGAGCGGUAACACCACUGGCUGCCGGAAUCAAGCAGACAUGGCGUCGCCUAUUGGAUUCCGGCAGCGGAAUCGUCUCGACUUCAUCCAAAGGGCCUUCUUUUGACACGCUUCCAAGUCGCGUCGCAGGGCUGAUACCGCUUGGAAGCCGCGAACAGGGCAAAUGGCAAGCAAAAGACUGGUUGCCAGCGAGCGACGAGCGUCAAAUGGCACUUUUUGCUCAGUAUGCCAUCGCUUCCGCGCAUGAAGCUUUGGAAGACGCCGGCUGGCAUCCCACAGAGGAGUCAGAUUUGGAGGCUACGGGAGUCACGAUCGGAUCUGGAAUUGGCAAUCUUGACGAGGCCUAUCGAACUUCAGUCGCGUUCCACGAGCAUGGCUACCGUAAGGUCUCGCCGCUUUUCGUACCUAGAUUGCUCAUCAAUCUUGCUGCUGGCCACAUCUCUAUUCGAUAUGGCUUCAAAGGGCCAAAUCACGCUGCCACUACAGCAUGUACAACUGGCCUCCACGCUGUUGGAGAUGCCUCUCGUCUGAUAGCGUUUGGUGAUGCGGAUGUCAUGGUGGCGGGCGGAGCGGAAUCAUGCAUUCAUCCACUCGCCAUUGCUGGCUUCGCAAGAGCUCGCAGCCUCGCCACGGACUGGAACGACAAUCCAAAUGCAUCGUCAAGACCUUUUGAUCGAGACCGUGCCGGCUUCGUGAUUGGCGAAGGUGCUGGUGUGGUGGUUCUUGAGGAACUCGAGCAUGCUAAAGCUCGUGGUGCGAAGAUUUACGCUGAGAUCAGAGGCUACGGCCUGUCUUCAGAUGCACAUCAUAUGACAGCUCCCAGGGAGGAUGGCGGCGGCGCAUACCUGGCAAUGAGACAAGCCUUGAGACAUGCUCGACUUGAGCCGGGUGAAAUCGACUACAUCAACGCUCAUGCCACCUCUACUCGUCUCGGCGAUGCCGCGGAGAAUAAUGCGAUCAAAAGUCUCUUGCUCGGAGAAGGAGGCAAGACCAAAGCAUCCGAGAUCAACGUGAGCAGUACAAAGGGUGCCGUAGGGCACCUGCUUGGUGCUGCGGGUGCUGUAGAAGCCAUCUUCACCAUUCUCGCAGUCCAUCAUAACGUCUUGCCACCGACUUUGAACCUCGAACAUCCAGGCGACCCACCUGAGGAUUUCAAUUGCAACUACGUUCCCCGAGUAGCUCAGGAACACACCGUCAACGCUGCUUUGACCAACAGCUUCGGGUUUGGGGGCACCAAUGCGAGCUUGUGUGUUGCGAAAUACGCGUGA